UCAAAGCGUUAUGAAAACAAAACUGGUAACUUUGUAACAGGGAUUGAUUUAACAUCAAGGGAAGCCAUAGAGAAAAGAGAUGAAAGAGCGAAAAGAUUUGGACUUACCCCAUCUGAAAAUAGAACUGAGGUUGAUAGAAAAUUUCUUCUGAAAAGGUACUUUAAAGGUAUUAGAUUAGAAGCUAUACACAUGAGAGGUACAGAUAACAUGAAUACACAAGAUAUAUUUCAGUAUUUUAGUGAGUUUGGACCAGGUCGUAUUGAAUGGAUAGAUGAUUCUUCAUGUAAUGUUGUAUGGUUUGAUCCUAUGACUGCUGCAAGAGCUCUAUCAACAUUAAGUAAAGAUUAUGAUUCAGACAAAGAUGCAGACAUGGACACAACUGAAGAGAAAGAAAAUCAUAGGUUAAAAAAGGACAAGAGACGUGACCAGACCAGAGAU